UAUUUAUUAUAUAUUAAUAUUUACAAUUGUUUUGGUAAUUGUUAUUUCGAAUUUAUAAUUGAAUUUAAGGGCAUUAUUGUCAUUUUGAAAAUUAAUUGCCUAAUAUGACAUAAAAUAUAUGAAUUUAGUCUAUUUUUUUUUGCCUAAAAAAAACAAUUUUCCCAAAAAAAAAAAUUGUCUUAAGUGAAAAACCACCAAAAUAGGGAUUUAGCAUUUAAGUAUAAAAAUGAUAAACCCUGAAAAUUUUAGUUUUCCUAAAAUUUAUGGAAUCUACUUUGCUAAAAUUAUGACUGAACUAAAAUUAGUUUUUGCAAAAUUAAAAACCAAAGACCACUUGAAAAAACUACAAACAACAAAAUGUAGAGUCCAAGGUAGAAGAAAUAAGUUGACAAGAAAAAAGUAGAAGAAAGAAAAAUCUGUUCGCUAUUCACCGUGCUUUUGUGUGCGGCGAAGCAUGACUUGUCUGCUUCGGACAAGUAAAAGUAAAACUCAGAAAAAUCUUACAAUUUUCCAUCUAAAUAUUCAAACAACGUGUCAUGUUUAGAUAUGAUGCGACCGUCCAUUCCAAUCACAGCCGUCCAAUUUAAAAAAUAUCUAAAGCCAUGUCUGGAUAAUAUCUGCCAUGUUACCAUGUUCCGGAACGUUCUUGUGACGAGAUAUUUUUGGACACCCGUAAACGUCUAGAAAUUCUUUUUGUAUGAUUCUUGCACCACAUAACCGCCAUUGAAGCCACCUUCCUUCUUUAUAUACACUACAAAAGUUUAUCAUAUCUCUUGUGCUCUGUAAUGUCGUGAAGAUUAUAUAACGUAUAAUAUAUAAGUUAUAAUCAAUGGAAGGUGGCAUUAAGGCAACAUCACCGUCGUAUUACGAUUUUCUUGGUGUUGCCGUCAACUCCUCGGCGGAGCAGAUACGACGAGCGUAUUACAAACUUGCCAUGAAAUGGCAUCCUGAUCGGUGGACGAAAGAUCCACUUAGGGCUGGAGAAGCAAAACGAAGAUUUCAGCAGAUUCAAGAAGCUUAUUCGGUGUUGUCUGAUCAACGGAAAAGAAGCUUGUACGAUGUGGGGCUCUACGAUACUGAAGAAGAUGAGGGAUACUUUGAUUUCGCUGAAGAGAUGGUUUCACUUAUGGCUCAGACGAGAAGAGAGGAAAAGCAAUACAGCUUGGAGGAGUUGCAGACAAUGGUCAAUGAUAUGGUCUAUGAGUUCCAGGACCAAUCAAUGUGUAUGAACUUUGACCUGGACCAACCGGUAGAUUGGGCUUCGCAGAUGUCUCUGCCGGUUUCAAGCUUCGAGUUCUGUCCUCAGAGCAGUUACUGUAACUAAAUCAGUAUACACAUAAUCCGCAUCGUACGGACUAAUGUUGCACGGCUAAAGGAUAGUCUGGUCUCAACAUCUGACAGUUCUGUGAGGGCCUAGGUUUUUGACUUGUGAAGGCGAGGACAUGAAUUGCUCUACGUUUUGUUGUUGUGGAUUUUCUGUGUUGUGAAUAACCUCCAAUUUAGAAACAAAUCGUUGUAAUUGCAUUAACAAAUGCAUUGUACUGUUAGAACUGGACUCCAUAGACCAAUAACAAAUGCAUUGGAAAAUCGUUAACAAAA